AUGGCGUCUCCGAUACCCCCCUUUGCUACUAGGGACGGAGAGUUGUUGUUUAACCCAGAAGAAUUCCGAACCGGAGACAAGAGCAAAUAUUUUAAUCGGCCCAUUCUGUGUUCACAAUGCGAGGACAAAGCACAGCAGGCGACAGCAAGGGAAGUUCAAACGCCAAAUGGCUUACUCCAUAAAUCCGAGGCUAACAACGGCAACGAUGUUGUGAUCUCGGUGAUGCCAGUAUCAUAUAUGAUUAACAGAGAUCAGAAAAGGUUUAUCUCGUCUUUACGACAGACUGGAUACAACGGUCACAUCAUUCUUGGUGUGCAGCCAAAUCUUCCAGCCAUGAAUAUGCGCUUCCUCAAAAGCCACAAUGUCACAAUAUACACUGUCACCCUGAGUCCUUGCUCUCCACCCAUCAGUGGAUUCAAGACGCUGAAGGCCAAAACUCCAAAAUGUUUCAAGGGUCUUGAAAACUUGCCCUUUGAAUGGGGUAAGUAUGAGUUGGCGCGCCAGUGGCUUCACUCAUGCAACGAGUGUACUGGGCGAGCACUCUUGGCAUUGGAUGGGGUUAGUACCUUUUUUCAGACCAAUCCCUUUGAACGGUUUUCGAACCGCAAAGAAGAUUUGCUGUUUUCAGAAGAGUUAGCUGCGCACACGAACCCAUUUUACUAUGAUCCAGAUAAGUUGGACGUGCGGCAUGGUUCCCUCUUCAGCUCGAACUAUGGCUCAAUGUUCAAACGCUGUUAUCCUAAGUUCAGUGCGGAAGGUAUUGGAAACAAUCGCCCGAUAUUAGUCCCAACCACUGUUCUGGGUAGUGACGAAGGCAUUGCUCGUUAUCUCUCAGUCAUGUCACAGGAAUUCGAAAACAAGAUUGAGGGAACAAGCUGCCAUUAUCCAACGAUCAGUGAAGUAGGCGUUAUGAACUACCUGUAUUAUACUGGGGCUUUUGGUUCCUCAAUUAGCUGUGCAACGCUUCCUUGGGGCACGGGAUUUGUCCAGGAUCUCGAGAAACCAUGUCGAAACCAAUAUCUACAAAGCGGGACUAGCAAAUCCCAAUUAGAUAUUGUACGAUUCGACUUUAUUGAAACAGGAUUCAUCGCUAAUCGCUAUGAAAUUUCGGUGGACGGUGCAUACCAACCGGCACCAAUGCUUCACAACUACGACAAUUGCGACAAGUGGGUAAAGGCAUACUUGAAGAUUCAUGGAGAACUGACAGGGCAAAUUAUGGAAAAACCUCCAGAUUACUUGGAGAUUCUCGAGCACACAAUUUUGAAUUCUGUGGUGGAUAGGAGUGACAUUGCAGGGGGUGAAGAACUAAACCCAAUGAAAACGUCAUACCAAAGGUCAACAGUCGUCCAGCAAGCUCCGUGGUUUCCAGCGGAGAAGAAGUGCAAGAUAAGUUGCUGUGCCCAAGCAAUCGCAAUCGCAUUGGAACCUGAUAAAGAUCAUCUAAUUACCAGCGUGGAUGGUCUUGACCUUGGAGAUGUUUCUGUUCUUGGUCAUGGAAGAAAAGGUUUCUUGCAAUGGGCAAUUUCGGACUUGAAUUACGACAUUAUUCCCUGUUUACAAAAAGGCACCAUUGUGUAUGCGGACCAUGAGGGUGGGGGGGCUAAACGAUUCUUUGACAUCUAUCGCCCGCGGAUGACAGAGCCGUAUCUGUUGGUAACAGGAGGGUCAGAUGGCAUAGAACCUCUGAAGCCGAAGGGUCAAGGAAGAGAGAUACUACAAACAGACGAUCUAUUGAUUGGGUGGUAUGGAAUCAAUCCGUGUUAUGAGUGUGGUGCAGAUCACCCUAAAUUUCACAUGAUGCACCUGGGACUAUCAGCGCUUUACGAUCAUCAGAAAUUUUUGGCUGCACGUUUAAAUGAAAGAGGAUUCGGUAAUCCGUUUUCAGAUGUUAAGAAACGACGAUGGACACAAUCUACUGAACUAGCUGUAGCUACGGGCGCUACCCGUUUGGUCUUUGUCAAGUUUGGGAUUAACGCUCACAGUCAACACCGCCGAAAGCCGUUUGAAAUGGCUUGUAAAAACAGGACAGGCACACCCAUGGACGAGAUAUCCUGUUCGAUGGGUCUUAAAAAAUUCCAUAACACAGAGAUAUAUGAUGCGGCUGAGAAAUACCUGUUUGGGUUGAGCCCACCAGGAAACGGGCUCGACUGCUAUCGUACAUAUGAGCUCUACUUCCUUGGUGUGAUUCCAAUUGUAUUGUAUAGAAAAGAAAACGAAGAGCUAUUCCGUGGACUACCAGUUCUGCAGCUUGAGAAUUGGGACCUGACUCAAGAAGGACUUGUUGGUCGAAUGAGAGAGUAUAUCGAAAGCUCAGAAUUCCAGGAUACAAGAUUUGAUGGUUGGGAAAGGCUAUUCUUGCAGUAUUGGAGAAUGCGGGUUCUAAACGAAACAGGCCGGCUAGAUGAUAUUGUCUUAGAUGAUGUUGGCAAACAAUACUACAAGUCGUGGACAUAUACACGGUAUGUAGAGCCUUACACCAAGACAUAUUGGCCUCCAAAGGAGCCGCUUGAAAAGAUAAAGGAUAUGCUUUGA